AGCAGCAGCAGCAGCAGCAGCAGCAGCGGUGGCAGAGGAGAGACCACGAAGUCGCGUUGCCGAAACGCGCUCUGCUGGCUGGAGUUUACCGGACUUCCUCCUCCUUGCACCUCCACCAACCCUUCUCUCUCUCUCUUCCGCUCCGUUCGAGCUCGAGCGCGGUCGACGGAGGCGCGAGGGCGUACGGAGGAGAUACGAAGACCAGACGACGGGAGAGACAGUGCCGUCGAGAGAAAAAAUAGGAAAAAUUAUGCGAAUCGGGAAGCAGCGCUAGAUACCAUCGUACCUCGUAAAGAAGGAGGUGGGAGAGACCGAUAUACGUGUGCAGUCGGAGGUGGUGCACGAUACCGUGUGUAGGCGUAGCGGAUCGGCGGUGGAGGUGUGGAAGGAAGGCUCUUCAAGCUACCGCCGCGCGUGAUUACCGCAGUGUGCGAAUCCGCUCUGCUCCGCUUCGCUCCGAGUUGUCGUCCGGGUGGAGAAGACACACACGUCGCAAGUCGGUGGCGCGGCGGUGGUAGUAACCCUGACCUGACCCCGCGCGCUAACGCACCUCGGACACGAGCUCGUGUUCGCGUUUUUGUCACAGUGUUCUCGCGAGACUCACGCGGUGUGCGUGCGUGCGUGCGUGCGUUCGUGCGUUCGUGCGUUUCCAUAUCGGUGACGAGCUCUCUUCCGUCCGCGCCGCGCGUCUCAGCAGCGUACGGGCUUAUCAGUAAUCGAUCAAUCGCGCGCGCGACAACCGAUACGCCGAGCCCCGCGAAACAAUCGGCUACCGUCGACGACGACACGUUGUCGAAGAAGAAUAGUACAUACUGCAGUCAUCCGUGAACGUCCGGUGGAACCCGAACUAUCGUCGUUCUCGCGCGUAUCAGAUCUCGUCGCGAAAUUAUUCUGUGAGUUCAGUGUGACAGAGUCGCCACGAUCUUUGCGGAAGAACGUGGAUCAUCGUUUCGUUGGGCUCCGGGGGUGGGUGAAACAUAUCGUGUACGUUACACACGCUCUUCCCUCCCGCCCUCGACCCGUCCUCCACCUUCUCGUCCGCCUUCGCGAUACGAUCCGCGGAGCGACCUCGUAUCGUAGUCGCGUGUGUGUGGUAGUGGAAAGCAAAAGGUCGCGCGCGUUGCGCUGCGUAUUUGGGAGAAUUCCAAGUGGUCCAGCGGUGCGUCCCCGGGAGGAUCAAAAUUAUGUUUGGCAGGGGAUAACCCUCGGACGAAGCGCGUAAGACGGCGAACGAAAACGGUUACUCGAACAAGCGAGCGAUCGAACGCGAGAUAGGUAGCCAGGAAGGACUUCGCAACGAGCAGCGCUUCGCGUCGGAGCGCCGCGACAACGAUGACAACGCGUGUGACCGAGUGAGCUUGGCUCUCCGACAGCCAAGAGGAUGCCACGAAGACAUAAUCGUUGCCGAAUCGUACUGGGGCGACGCGGCGUCAGCAGGAUCUAGAGAAGCGUUUAAGAGAAGAGCACGCUUGUCGUAAGGAAGAGGAGAUACGAAAAGCGAAGGCUACGCGUGUAGUGACGCCGUGAGUCCCCGAAGAAAAAUAGAUCCACGCGUGGAAAUAGAAGGUGAAGCAAAAUAUAGGAAGUAGGCGACUGAACGAGGGAAAGAGAGAGGAGAGAAAACAGAAGAGAAGACACGCGAGGAUUACCGCGCGCGCGGCGUGGUCUUUCUUGUAGGUGUUUUUACGCGCGCGACCGUCGAUCGAUAGUUUGUCCCGCAAGCUCGUGUCGGAGUUACACUACGUGGAGGACGCGCGUGGUCCUCUCGCAUUCAACGACAACGACACCCUCGAGUCACGAAAUAACGACCCCCGUGGGAAGCAAAUAGAAGAAGGAGCAAGUUUCCGAAGGGGCCUAGCUGGAGCUGUUGGUAGUCAGCUUUGAUAGUCGUCAACGUCACACGGACGCACGGUAAUCGGAAGUUUCGCGGUGAUUUAUGGGGGACUUCAGCACGGCAAGCCUCUUCUCCAGUACCCUGACCAGCCCGAAACCUAACACGACCAGUAGUACGAACAGCGGAAUUAGCGGUAGUAAUAAUAAUAACGUCAGCGCUGCUGUCACCAUAACAACGUCCACCAUGCAGGACGAUCUGCUGAUCGAGAAGCAGGCCACCGGCAAGCCCGCACCUCUUUCGCCGAGCGGCGCACUUGACACCGUGGCUGGACAGGACAAGUCGAAGGACGUGAUCGAGGCGGAGAGCAUCGCUAUCACACCGACGACGCCUUCGUCGACGGAAAAGGACAUCACGUGCAGUACAACCUCGGCACUGCAAGGUUUCACCGAUCCCGGUGGUCGCGUUCCUAGCUUGUGGUCCGCGCCAGACGACAGUGGUCUGCAUGCCGCGUUGCCGGUAAACGGCUCGAUCGCUGCGUUUCAGAAUUUUCCGACUGGGGGACCAGCGGGCUUGUUUGCCGGCACUGGUGCUACCGUGUCGAGCGGCACACGCCGCGCGAUUACGGCCAGUCACAAUUUUCCGCAGCAGCAACAACAACAGCAACACGGCAAUACAGGCGCGCCCACCGGUGCCAGACACGGCGGUUUGCAAGUGUCGUCUGCGCAACAACAGCAACAGCAACAACAGCAGCAGCAGCAGCAACAACAGCAUCAACAGCAGCAGCAGCAACCACCGCCGACAUCGCAUCCGGGCGUUUAUCUGCCCGGCAAAGGUUAUGCCGCGUGGUCGGGUGGACCGCAGGCCCCUCAACAGUGGGGCGCUGGCCCGCAAGCGGCCGCCGCGGUCGCCAGUCCGGGUCUAUCGCCUUGGAAUCGCGGUAGGUCUGUGCCUAAUCUACCACCGCUGCAUUCGUCUUUGCACGCCGCGGCUGCAGUGGCGGCCGCAACCGGUCUGCAGGGUCGCAAGCCCAGUCCGACGUUUCCGGGCCAUCCGGGUCCGGCAGCAGCGCAUCCCUCUUGCAUCAGCCCGGUGAAGUUUCGUCGGAGCACCUCGUAUCCCGGCAAGGGCAACAUAUAUCCACCCCAGCCAGCACCGACCUUCGAAGUCACCGCUGCUGAAGAAAGAGAUCUGCUGCAGCUGCCGCCGUUCCAGCAGGUGAGUCACUUUUCGAAACUCUGUCGAGUUUAG